GUGAUAAAGUGUGUUCCUCACUUGCUAGUCUCACACCUGAACUGAAAACAAGCGUGAAACUCUGAAAGAGCCAGAGAGAGGAAAUGCAGUCGUCACUGUCAUACGCCCAUGGCAACAGAGCCUUCAUCCAACCAAACCCAAACCCCAUUUCAAACCAAUCACCACUCAGACCAUCCAUACUCCCACCCAAAUCAUCUUCUCCUAUCCACCUCACACUAAGAUCCCACUCUCACCCACAAUCACUCCCUCCCCAAAACCCCAAAAUAUGGCCCCAACCCACCAAGAAGCCGCACUCAUUAGUUGCUCCACUCCAUUCAGGCAUUUCGUCGAACAGCUUCAGUGCCAAGAACAACCGGAGCUUCAGGGACUGGGUUGAAGCCGCGAGUGAGGCUAUAUCCAAUGCCUUUCCCGUUUGGGUUGCAUUGGGGUGUCUCUUGGGCUUGCUCAGUCCCAGCUCCUUCAACUGGGUCACUCCCAAGUUCAACUUCUUCGGCUUAACACUCACUAUGCUCGGGAUGGGCAUGACCCUCACUCUCAAUGACCUUAGGGAUGCUUUGGCUAUGCCCAAGGAGUUGAUCUCCGGCUUUGUUCUUCAGUAUUCGGUGAUGCCUUUGUCAGGAUAUUUUGUGAGCAAGCUUUUGAACCUGCCGUCACAUUAUGCGGCUGGUUUGAUUCUGGUUGCUUGCUGCCCUGGAGGAACAGCAAGUAACAUUGUCACUUACAUUGCACGUGGAAAUGUGGCCCUUUCGGUGUUAAUGACAGCAACAAGCACCGUCUCAGCCGUGAUCAUGACUCCCUUUCUUACAGCAAAACUUGCCGGUCAGUAUGUUGCAGUAGAUGCAGCUGGGAUGUUAUUCUCAACACUGCAGGUUGUGCUUCUUCCUGUGAUUGCCGGUGCAUUUCUGAACCAGUAUUUCCAAGGUCUAGUUAGGUUUGUCUCGCCCUUGAUGCCACCCAUUGCUGUGGCAACAGUAGGUAUUCUCUGUGGCAAUGCAAUUGCCCAAAGUUCUUCCGCAAUCCUUACAUCUGGUCUACAAGUUGUGCUAGCUUCCAGUCUGCUGCAUGCAUCUGGAUUUUUCUUCGGUUACAUGCUUGCAAGAUUGCUUAGGCUGGAUGUAGCAUCAUCAAGGACUAUCUCAAUUGAGGUUGGCAUGCAGAAUUCGGUGCUCGGUGUUGUUCUAGCUACUCAGCAUUUCGGAAAUCCUCUUACUGCAGUACCAUGUGCGGUUUCCAGCGUUUGCCAUUCAAUCAUUGGCAGUGCCUUGGCAGGAAUAUGGAGACGGAGCGCCCCAAAAAGCAAGAAUGAAGUGUGAAUGUAGAAACUGUAGACAAUCAGUUCAAAUGAAUUCUUCUGUUACUAUAUGAGCUUAGUGUCUUUGGCCUUGUUAGCUAUGAGCACUUGGAGAGGUUUGCCAUUUGUAGUACACUGGCUUAGUAAACCGAGAAUAUUGAAACAAUGGUAUUGUAGAAUAUCUCACCCUUUUUAAGUGUUCAUC